UGAGACUAUAAAGCUGAUAAAGUUUUCAACUUUGGGGAAGUGGGUUCUUUUUUGGGCUCUAAACCCAUCAACCAAGCGUGGGAAUAAUGAUGAUUUUGCUUAUAAACCCAUCAAACUAGUUGUUGGUUUUGCUGGGGGUUUGAUUUUGCAUUCUAAAGGGAAGAAGAGGCUUCGAUUGAUUGGAUUCUACAUAAUGGCUGCUUCAUCAUCCCUGUUUUCAUGUUCGAUCCAAGGGGUAAUGCCGUUUCAGAAAACAAAGACAGACUAUAAACAGUUCCAGUGCAAUUAUUCAGACCUUGUCUGUAAGCAAUUCAGUCACUCCAACUCAAUGCACCUAAAACAUCCAAGGUUGUUACCCAAUGAGAAAUUCUCACAAAGUGAGACUUUGUGUCGUGCACUGAAAGUUGAAAAUUCACCUUCCUUUUUGGUGGGGAAGAAGUUUCAACUUGAUGAUGUGAUUGAAGCUCAACAGUUUGAUAGAGAUAUUCUGGGUGCUAUAUUUGAAGUUGCACGUGAUAUGGAGAAGAUUGAAAAAAGAUCACCGGGAAGCCAAAUUCUUAAGGGAUAUCUCAUGGCUACUCUCUUUUAUGAACCCUCUACUAGAACUAGGCUGUCCUUUGAGUCUGCCAUGAAACGGUUAGGUGGAGAAGUUUUGACAACUGAAAAUGCAAGGGAGUUUUCUUCAGCAGCUAAAGGAGAAACACUUGAAGAUAGUAUAAGAACCGUUGAGGGUUACUCGGAUAUAAUUGUGAUGCGCCACUUUGAGAGUGGUGCAGCCAAAAGAGCAGCAGCAACUGCUGGCAUUCCUGUAAUUAAUGCAGGAGAUGGUCCUGGACAACACCCAACUCAGGCCCUUUUGGAUGUCUAUACUAUUGAACGAGAGAUAGGAAAGCUGGAUGGCAUAAAAGUUGCACUUGUUGGAGAUCUUGCCAAUGGAAGGACAGUGCGUUCACUUGCAUACUUGCUUGCCAGGUAUAAUGAUGUCAAGAUCUACUUCGUCUCUCCUGAUGCAGUGAAAAUGAAGAAUGACAUAAAAGAUUAUUUAACAUCAAGGAAAGUUGAGUGGGAAGAAAGUGCUGAUUUGAUGGAAGUUGCAUCUAAGUGUGACAUUCUCUAUCAAACUCGCAUUCAGCGUGAGCGGUUUGGAGAAAGAAUCGAUCUCUAUGAAGAAGCUCGAGGGAAGUACAUUGUGGACCGUCAUGUGUUAGAGGUGAUGCAGAAGCAUGCUGUGGUCAUGCACCCUCUGCCUAGACUUGAUGAGAUUACUGUUGAUGUUGAUGGGGAUCUGAGAGCUGCCUAUUUCAGACAGGCAAAGAACGGCCUAUAUAUUAGGAUGGCCCUAUUGAAACUUCUACUUGUAGGGUGGUGAGGGAGGCAUCUAUUUUCCUCAGUUAUUUUGGAAGUUUUGGUUACAAAACCGUAGGCAUGGAGGGAAGCAUUUUUUCAGUUGAGAAGUUUUGACUCUUUUUCCGUGGUCAUUCGGGAUAAGUUUCGACUAGAAAGUUUGUUGAGCUCAAAGUAAGUUUGACUUAUUUUUAGUUAACUCUUUGAAGUUUCAUUUUGUACUAUCCAUGAAGUGAUUGUGGGACAAAAUAACCCGAUUCAAUGAGAGCAGUGCAAUACAUCCUGAUCGAAUGGUAAAAUGGCUUUCCUUAUAUGAAAAAAGAUUGCAUAUGCUUCAACA